GAACAGACUGAAAUAAAGCUGCCUAAUGACAGGAAAUCUAGCCCAUAGACAAUUUAACGCAUCUCCGAGACAUUUUGUAAUUGAAUUGAAGCAUUUUUGACAAUAGAUCUAACGGAUAACGAGGAUAACGAGGACCAUGUCGAGGCAAAAGCAUUUUUGUUGUGACGACGAAACCGGCGAGAUUAUAACUUACCUCGUUAAUGACGAGACUGGCGAGCCGACGCCAUCGUCGUCUUCCGUCGUGCUCGGGCCGCGCGCGGCCGUUCCUCCAACCGAGAUCAUAAAGUUUCCUAAGGGAUAUAUGAGUAAGACGAAAAAAUUCCAAGCGUUAAAAGAGAAUAUCAUCAGAGGUUCUAACGUGUUUAGUCCGAGGUUGCUUCUGAUACCGCUGGCGGCAGUUUUUCCAGCAGUUCUGAUCAUGUUACUGAUGAUGGCCGAAGUUUUUAUACACGUCUGCUGCCACAAACAGAACAAGUCACUGAAGGACACAAGCCUGUACUACCGCAGUCCACUCCACAUGGUUACGAGCAUCUUCUGUGGCAUGUGCCGAGAGGACGAGAUGUCUUCCAAGAUUGGGCAGCUGCAGGACCAAAGGAGGUGCCGCUAUGGUUACUUUCAGGGAAUAACUAUUUAAUAAUUUUAGAUAUUUACAAUCAUCAUUGCUCUCAAUUGGGUUAUGCCAGAAAAACUAAGCCCCAGUUUAUAUGUUUUCAUAUUGGAUAUGCGUAGGAAGCUUAUAUAACUCUUACUCGAACCAGGUGGUAACACAAUAGGGCAUAAAUCAACAUGGUGGUUAGAAUCUACAAAAAAUAUUGUUUGAAGUACUAUGUCUACGUUUAGCUAUUUAGGAUAUGGAUAAAAAGGGGGAGGAGUAAGGUCCGUCACAGAAGGAUAAUAUAUAUUACUAGCCAUAAUGAUGCUGACAGAUAUCUUAUAGUAUAACUCUCACCACACACAUCAAUAAUUAUUAUUAUAGCUUAUGUAUGUAAUUUUACAUUUCAAAUGUGUUGUUAGUGAUUUAAGAAACAAAAUCUUAAUAUAUAUGUAUGUAUAUAUUAGUUAGUUAACUAGUUUUUUUAUUUUUUUUAUUACACUGAUCUUGUUAGGGUAAAAGCCUCCUCAAUUCCCUUCCACUUCUCUCUAUCUUUAGCUUUCUCCAUCCCAUCCUUACCAGCUAUUUUGGUGACUUCAUCAGCCCACCUUUUAUAAGGUCUUUUUUUAUUUAAUCAAUUUUUAAGGAAUGGGGUUUCGCCACGCACGUGACGAUGUCACCCCUGUAUUGAAAUCUACAAAAUCACCUCUACUACUACAUUAUUUUUAAAUAUAAAUUGCACAUCAUCUGAUAAAGGCGAUGCCAGGAAGAUGUUGCAACUACCCAUGUUAUUAGAAUUGUGCCAUGCCAUAUCACUCCUCAGCGCUUCGUUGCGGUCACACUCCAUCAAAACAUGGUGGACAUCUUCUACUUUGUUACACUCUGGGCAGUUUGGUGACACAGCUAAUUUCAUAAGGUGCUUGAAUUUGUUCGAUGGAAUAUGUCCGGAACGAAGCCUGAGGAGUGCUACUACCCGUUUCCUGCUUAGCCUUUUGUCAAACCAUGGGACAUGAGGAGGCUGACAUUGAACUGUUCUGUACCAGAUUCCUUUAGUAAGUGAUCGCUCAUCAAAAUACUCCUUCCAAACCUGCCUGCACCUCCUGACUUUACCCAGUACUUCGCUGUGUACUGGUAGACAACAGUAUGGAAUACCGUCCGAUAUUGCAAGUUUUGCUGCUCGGUCGGUCUUCUCCUUGUUCUUUUCCCUUCUGGUCCCUUCCAUUUCGUAUUUUGUAUCGUCCAUCUUUUGUCAUUAUAUCUAGAUAUGUGGCCAGACCGUUGCCAUUUUAGGUGCAUGGCAUGUUGCACGGCGUAAACAAUCAUGGUUUUCUUCCUAAUUUCCUCAGUCACAUCAACAAUACCAAAAUAUAUAUCGCUGUCUGUCUAGCUCCUACAUUGUGAGAGAGACAAAAUAUAUCGCAGGGUAUCUUAAGAUGCUUUGCUAUAAGAUAUCUUGGUAUAUUAUCCUUCCAUCUGUGACGGGCUUAAGAUUAUAAAGGAUCCUUUUGAAUACCAGAACUGGCCAAUAUGCUGAAGAAACUCAUAUAUUAUAUGCACAUACAUAAUUUUACAUGAGUUGAGUAUGUUUAUUUUGUCAUAUACAUUAUUUUAUAUGAGUUUCUUUUCAUGAGCUUAAUUUGAAUCUCAUGAAAUGUUGAUAGAUACUCCUUACUUUUUUAUAUUUUGGCUAUAGCUUGGUAACUCGUGGUGCUGUAUCUAUUUAUACAUAAAUUAUUUUAUAUGGUCUCAGUGGAUCGUACCAUUGCCGCAUCGUCAUGAUGCCGGCUGUCUAUUGCAAUACACCAUGCGAGCGUGAAUAGCCGGGUCCACACUGAGCUGACUGACGAGCGUCUACACUGGCCGUUUUGUGCGUGAGGAAAUUGCCUCUCGAGUAUGCUUGCUCAGUGUGGACCCGGCUAAUGUCACCAAACUGUUUUCAAAUACCAUAAAUAAGGUUCAUGAGUUAAAUAUGUAAGCGCAGCCUCGUAAAAACGAAUCGAGUUUACACUCAAAAGACUAGUUCCUAAAAAUACUAGUGGUAAGCAGUCGCCGUAGCCUUCAAACUGUAGAGCCGCUGAAACUUGUUAUCAACUUUAAAAAAAUUAACCCUUUGACCGCAGACAUUCUCAGACGCGCACGGUUUCUUUAAUACAUUUUACGUAAUAUACGAUGGCGCGUUAUGAAUAGGCUUGUCGUUCAAAGGGUUAAAAUCUUUGAAUAUUUCUCCUUAAUAUGUCUAGAAUUUCUCAAGUAGGUUAAGUUAGAUUGUAAUAUGGUGAUGGGAACAAUUCGAAUACCUAAUAUAAGUAAACAAUUGUAUUGGCAGCCAUACAUGCAUGGGCGAAUUUAUUUUUACACCGACAAUUCGCGUUUCUGGCGUUAUCUUGAAUUACCAAGAAAUCACGUUUCCGAUUGGAAUAAUUGUUUAAAUAAGUCUAACAUAAAAUGUGGUAUUAUCUAUGAAAAGGGACCUUAUUGUCGAUGGCGCUUACGCUGCACUGCGUCGUGCAGCGUUAUACAUGUAUCGGAGCGUCGAUUAUAACGGCGGAAGCGCCAUCGACAAUAAGGUCCCUUUUCAUAGAUAACGUCACAAAUGAUAUAAAAAGUCGUGGACAUAAUUACUAGAUUAAGAGUCUAAUGGCGUUAUUCAUAAACGUGUUACAGGCCUGAAUUAGUUAUGAAUCGUUUGUCUUUAUCUGUCAUUUUGACUUAUGUAUUUUCAAGAAAGGAAUAAAAAAUAAUUUAACUAAAUCAGGCUUGUAAAGUUUUAUGAAUAAGGGGUAAAAGUUUACUCGCCCGCAUAAUAAAAUCGCAAUGAUUUUUGGCGUGUUAAAAUAACCGCAACCGCAAUAAUUCAUUCUAAUUCGGACCUAAAAUUUAUGUUACAUACUGGAUUUUUGUAAUGUUUUUGUACAGUCAGCGUCAAAUACUUUGCAGCAGUCAAAGUGGCCAAAUAGUUCGGUACACCAUACUAAAUAUAUGGUGUACCGAACUAUUUGGCUACUUUGGUUGCUAUAAAGUAUUUGACGCUGACUGUACCAUCUCACUCAUAUCGGACGAAAAGAUAGUUAUAUUAAAAUUGUCAUAAUCAGAAGAGAUCUCAACGUCAUUGAGUUUGGACUUGUUAAAACCAAGCUCAAUUUUAAAUGGCUAUCUUUGACAAUGUUUGCAUGCAUAUACCUCGUUUUUUUUAUUCUCAAAUAUUUAAGUCACGUUAAGAUAUUACUUACCAUUUUGUGAUAUUUAUUUUCAAAAUUUUACUAGUUGUUUUACUCGAAAUAAAGAUUUUAACAUAA